AUGAAUAUUGCCAGUGUGAAUAUGCUGUCCUUGCUAUCUUGUGUUUCGUUGGCUUCGGCUGUCGUUGCCGGUGCCGUUCCAGGACAUUACAAUCCUGUCGGAGAUCUCUUGAGAGAGAGAGGAACAUUCGGUCCCAUAUCAACCAACUCAGCAGAUGGGAUUGCUGGCGGGCAAGUUGCCUGUGACGCCGCUCCAGUCGGCUCUUUCUUCGCUGGGCUCAAGCCACCAUUCCCUACAAACUCUUGGUGGGCUCCCUACGCAGCUCCGCCCGGAAAUGCGACCGCAGCAGGUCCGUUCCCGUAUGAGUCGUCGCUGGACGGCAGCGGAGUUCUCUUUGGCAUCAGCACCAGCCGCCAGUUUGACGGUACCUCUGUGAAGCAGCCUACACAAGUUGACUGGCACGCGUCUUUUGCUGAGCACAAUGGCGCUUUUGCGAACCACAAGGCUACCAGCUUUGACACGCAGACCGUCACGGUGCAAUACUUUCAGAAUGGCGCGUCCAUGGAUACCUAUCUCGUUCCUGGUUCGCCAUACAUGGCUUUCAAAUAUACUGCGGCGACUCCCCUCCUCACGAGCGGCAAUGGCGGCAUCAAGGCUCUAAACGGGAAAACCCUUGCCGUGGGCGAUUCUACAACUGCUACUGGAACGACUUUUACAGUCACCGACACCAAGGGCACCGUGUAUCUCAUAUAUGCGCUAUCCUCCAUCACCCUCACUGCCAAGUCUGACUCGUUCAGCUCGGGCACAAUCAGAGCCAGCGGCAAGUUUGACGGCGUUCUUCGUCUGGUGAUGCUCGCCAACCAGAGCCACAAGACGCUCCUUGACCAGCACUACAAGACUUACCCUACCGCUGCCAGCCUCGACUAUUCCUUCGGCAAUGUAGAUGGCACUGUUAUCUUCAACUGGGACACGCAAGGCGACGGUGCGCAGCUGCUGAUGCUCACAUGGCCGCACCAUCGCUUGACGAUGCAGAAUCCCAGCUUUCCGCCUACCAGCGCCUUGGGCUACCUCACCACCAAAGGCUGGAUGUAUCCGGCCAUUGGCAAUCUUUGGCGUAUGAAAUACGCUCUCUCGGACAUCACAUGGAACGCGCCCCGUCCUCUCGACAACUCUUGCGCCGAUGGCGUCAGAAACGGUCUCGAAUACGAAGUCAGUCAGCUCAACGUCUCUAACGCCCCCGUCCCUGGCGACUUUUACUACUGGGGCAACACCAUGGCCGCGCAGGCGCGCCUGGCUCUUAUCGCCGAUGAAAUGGGCCGUCACGAUCUCGUUGACAAGGUUGUCAGCUAUCUCAAGGCAUCUUUUGAGCACUGGUUCCAGUCGUCCUCCUCGACACUGCCCGCGUACGAGACAGGCUGGGGCGGCAUCAUCAACAAGGCCGGGUACAACAACGCCUAUGUAGAUUUCGGCAACGGUUACUACAACGACCACCACUUCCACUACGGCUACUUCCUCAACGUCGCUGCCGUCAUUGCCAAGUACAACAACGCCUGGUUGAACCAGCACCGCGACUACAUCAACCUCUUUGCACGCGACAUCAUCAACCCUUCUCCUCAAGAUCCGUACUUCCCGGUCACGCGCUGCCGCGACUGGUUCGCCGGUCACUCAUGGGCCUCGGGCAUCGCCAACGGCGCUGGCAGCCGCGACCAGGAAUCUUCCGGCGAAGCGAUCAACGGCUACUACGGCGCGCUAUUGUGGGCAUCAGUUGCCCUGUCGCAGGACUAUGUCAACUACGCCAAGCUGCUGCUGGCGUCCGAGCAGCUCGCCGCGGGCGUGUACUGGCACCUCGACCCGCAGGCCGGCCGCGACGACCGCGACAACCCGUACCCGGAGCCAGAGAUGCGUAAGCUCGUGUCGAUGGGCAAUGUCAUGGAUUACCAGUCAGGCGCCUGGCUCUUCUGGGGCAGUCAAAAGGUGGAAAUUGCGGCGAUUCAGAUUCUGCCACUCACACCGACCAACGAGGUCCUUUACGACUCCAAAUGGGUCCAAAAUGUUUGGAACUACACCAUGCCCGAGCUUGUCGACCCGUCUAUCGGCGAUGAAUGGAAAUGCGUCAUCAUUGCUGCGUAUGCCAACAAAGAUCCCCAGACGGCCGCAGAAUGGAGCUCCAAACUGACCACAUGGGGAUCCGGCAACACUUACACUAACGAGCUAUACUUUAUCGGCACGCGUCCCAACGCCUCUGGGCGCCCCAUCUGCGGCGCCCUCCCGCAGAACCCCUACGGAACCUUCAAGAUGCAAUCCGCCAGCUCGUCCAAGUACGUCGGCGCCUCGUCCUCUAGCCCGGACCUCGUCGCCUCCGGCACCGACGCCGGCGGCGCGUCCACCUUUACGAGCGCCUACCUCCCAAACGCGGGCACCCUGCAGCUCGUCAGCUCCAAUCAGUAUGUGACGGCGGACCAGUCAGGCAACAGCACGCUGGCGGCGGCGCGCGCGACAGCCUCGGCGUGGGAGCGCUUCGUGGUGAGGCAAAAGGUCAAUGCCGCUACGGGUGUAUACACCAUUAAGGCGGCAAGCAACGGCAAGUACGUGACGCUCGCGGGCGAUGGGUCUUUAGUGAAUAGCGCGGCGGCGGAGAGCGCGGGCGAAGGCUUCCGCUUCAUCAAGGCGUGA